UUUCGUCAUUCCCUCUGGUCGGACUCCGCAGCUCGGCCACAGCCAUUCUGCCUUGCUGUCGGCGAGGAGGACGAUGCUGAUAAUGUUAGAGCGAGUCAACAACAUUUAAAUUCACAGCUAAUUUAAACAUAGUUAUACUUUUAGAUCUUAUUAAACAUAAUUAAAUUCGAGGGGUUCCAGGCACAUCGAAAGAACCAAGCGUGAGUUCACAAUGACCAACGAGGAGCCCUUACCCAAGAAGGUUCGCCUAAGUGACUCUGACAUGAAAACCCUGACCAGGGAGGAGUUGUGUACAAGGUGGAAACAGCACGAAGCCUAUGUCCAGGUCCUGGAGGCAAAGUAUGCAGAGCUAUGUUCCAACGAUGUGACAGGGCUGAAAGAGUCGGAGGAGAAGCUCAAGCAGCAGCAGCAGGAGUCUGCACGCAGGGAGAACAUCUUGGUCAUGCGACUUGCCACUAAGGAGCAGGAAAUGCAAGAAUGCACAACUCAGAUCCAGUACCUCAAGCAAGUCCAGCAGCCGAGUGCAGCCCAACUGCGGUCAUCCAUGGUGGACCCAGCCAUCAACUUGUUUUUCCUCAAAAUGAAGGCUGAACUGGAACAGACUAAAGACAAACUGGAGCAGGCCCAAAAUGAACUGAGUGCCUGGAAAUUUACACCUGAUAGCCAAACGGGGAAGAAACUGAUGGCCAAAUGUCGAAUGCUGAUUCAGGAAAACCAGGAGCUGGGCAGGCAGCUGUCACAGGGUCGCAUUGCCCAGCUGGAGGCGGAGUUGGCUCUGCAGAAGAAGUACAGUGAGGAGCUCAAGAGCAGUCAGGAUGAGUUGAAUGACUUUAUCAUCCAGCUAGAUGAGGAGGUAGAGGGGAUGCAGAGCACUAUCCUUGUCCUGCAGCAGCAGUUAAAAGAGACUCGCCAGCAGCUGUCUCAGACUCAGGGGGCUUUGGGUGGAGCAGGACCCAGCAGGACUUCACCCACUGCUUCCAAUUCAUCAGCUGAGCCAUCCACCCAGCCUGAACAGGCCAGUGCACCCUCUGAACCAAUGGGCAAAGACUACGGGAAGGUCUCCAAUGGACCAAGCAAUGGGAACUCAUCCCAGAGGAGUGAAACCACCACACCCAGCCUGUACCGGGAGGUCAGCAGCACUGAGGAAGACUUUCCCAUGUCCCCCAUGGUCUCCAGUCCUGGUGAAGCUGAGACCAAACUGUCCAAUCACUCAGAAGAAGCGUCGGGGAGUCAGACUGCUGUUGGAAGAGUUGGAGGACCUGUGGGAUUCGGGAGCCAGCUGAGUACUGGGUAUGAGAGCGUGGACUCUCCAACAGGCAGUGAGACAUCAUUGACUCAGCAUUCGAAUGACACGGACUCCACCGCCGACCCCCAUGAGGACAAGACUGCCCUGGUGACCAAGGGCACCAGGACUGCAGGGUCACGGCACACUCAGAAUGGCCUGGACUCCAGCACGAGUGAUGGUGCAGUUUUGUAAUGUGCUUUGAUAUGUACUGUCUUUUUUUAAUUUUAUUAUUAAUACAAUAGUCAAGACAACAAAUGCGUAGUCUGUAAUACAGCACUGCUGUCCAAGGCAUUUUGUUUUCAUCCUUUUCCCGUUGCCUAUGGUGAUGAUGCCUCUUUUCACAUUUGUGAAAUAACACAUUCCUGUUAUAUCCCUAAACAGGGAUAUAACAGGAAUGGGUUAACGUUAAAUUUGAAUUGUGUGGAUGUAUGAUUUAAAACUAGUAUGUUUCAUUCUCUUGUGUAAUUGAGCACAUCUGUGAUGUUCUUGUUUGAACUCUUGACACCUUGAAAUCAGGCAUCUGGUGUAACUCAUCAAAAGUAAAUAAAAAUCACUGAAUUAUAGUAGCUUCACAAUAUAUUCAAGGUCAUUUUUUGAUGUUGGCCUGUUUUGUUUUUUUUAAGACUUUAAACUUUUCAUUCACAAAAUUCUGUUCAAAAGGUUCUGUUAAAUUGUGAGUAGUUUAUAUGUGAUGUUCAUAUUACUCUGACUUGAGUCCAUUUCAUGUACUGACCAAAUACCAAUAAAGACUUUUAAUACUACAAAG